CGCAUUCAUUUACAAGACCUUCCGAUCGCCAGUAACAGCUGGGCCAGACAUUGCAGCAAUGACAGCUGCUCGUCUGUCUCCGGCGGCGAGCUUACUGCGCAACUCAAAGCUUUUCGCCCUUCCACCUGCACUUUCCGUACCGCCUACCGAACCUACCUCCGAACCCGUUGUGUCGUCCGAUUCAGCUACUACUCCCUACCCACUGCGAGCAGCACUCGAGACUCCCAGGUCGACCCUGUUCAAAGGUGAUUGGGGUCUCAAGCGAGCUCUGCCAGUCUCGACCACGACAAAGUCCGGCACACCCACCGUUAGAAUACUGCGAGGAAUUGAUACUCCUGAGCACGUUGCCGAUUUCGAAUCCGCGGCCGACCAUGUCCUUACUCUACGAAAAUAUCAAGAGCUCAAUCUGAGGGUGACCCUCCCCGCCACCAGAGACAAGAGGCACUAUGAACGCACGAGUGCAUUUGACCCGGAAAUCGAUCAUACCGCAGAGGUGCCUUUGACUCUGGACAGGAAGAGUGGCCCAGUAUCAUGGUUAGACAAAUCUUCUGCCGAGCGUGUAUCAGAACUGCCCAAGCAUCUCAGAGAGACACUCGAGAAGGUCUCAAAAGACAACUCCGAAUCGACUUCAACAACAUCAACAUCAACCGCAUCAGAGUCCAGCUUAUCGCCAGCUGCUUUGUCCAGGCGAAGAUGGAGAUAUCUGGGCCCCUACCUGGCCGGCCUCAACGGCGCAGAAUUUGAAGCUUUCUUAGGCAAGACCACAAAAGAGAAGAGGGCAGAAUUUCGAAAACACGUGGAACGAUACUUGAUCAGCCAGCGGAUAGCUCAACGUCGUGCCGACGCACUGGAAAGUGGCGAGACGGGGGCUGCGGAUGACACGAGUGUGACGGUUUCAGAAGAGGACGUCGCCGAGUAUCUUCGUCAGCUACGUUCUGAGCCCAGCAAGUUCGCGCCGCUGAUAGUCGAGUUCUUCGAUCUUGCAGACGGACCCAAAACAUCCGUCAUGAACAGAGAACCAUGGCAUUACGGACGUGACACAAUAGCCGCUGAUCAAUACAAGGAGUCCGGACCUCCUCGAACACAUCCUUCUGCCGGCUUGUCAUAUCUCAGGUCGGAAUCCUUUGCACAAAACGAUGUCAUUGUUGGUCCAAGAGACACUCGUCCUCCGGUACCAGCCCGCUUGUUGAAGACGAUCCAGCUCGGACAGCAGAGAUCUAUUCCCAAUGUCGGCAUGGCUGGCUUCGUCAUUCCACAGCCUCAUUGGAGCGAAUUACGAGAUCGUCCCUGGCAGUGGCAGUCAGUCAAGGAUGGUCCUAAGUUGGUCGUCCAGCCUGUCUCUGCGGCAGUUUCACAAGGUGGAAAGGUGGAAAUCAAUACCAGGCUCAUGAAAGACUGGCAUCUAGAGAAUGACGUUCCUGUCGAGGCCACUGAACGCCGACGGACAGGGACAAAUACGACAAGGCCGGCUCCGGCUUCGCAAGUCAGACCUUUGGACAGACUUUUCAAAAGGCAGUCAACAGUAGCGAGAUCUACUCCCGCACCGAGUCAGGAUAUAAGUGAAGAGUUGAACGAGUUGACUCGGCGAGCAACUCAGAAUUUGGCCAAUAAACCUGCCUGAAAGGUUGGUUGUAAGAAUAACUUUGUACUCUGUAUAGAAAUUGAAAAAAUCUUCUCAUGGUCA